CUCGACUUCCCGCACCUGCCUCUUCGUUCUCGAUGGCGGUCAACUUGGACCUGUUGGGGGUGGUGGGCACUUGGAUAGCUGCUGUCCUUGGAAUUAUUGCGCUCGCCGGCAUCUUGCCUGUCUAUGUUCUCUACCGGCAGACGCAAACAGAGCGCCAUAUUGCGCUCAACAAGGUGCAUGACCCUCAUAAGACGUACAUAACAGCGGGAUACCCGCUAUGGCUGGGGAGGCGGUUCUUUCGAUCUUACAGUGUGCCUAACCUGGUAGACCCUCCAACAUGGUCGCAGCUUACAGUUGUUGCAAGGCGACGCUGCGAGGGGUUUGGAACACAUGUUUUACGAUCUUUGACGGGGUGGGUGAAUUUUGCAAAUGUCCUGCAGAUAUACAACAUCAAGCCAGCAGGUUCCAAGGGGAAAUUGGCCUUUGCCCGUCAAGAAGCCUUACUGCCUGUCCAUCGCGGUUGGUUGUUGCUGCUGGGAAUAAUCGACCGGUACUCGGAUCAGAUGAACCGGCCCGACAAGGGCCUGUUUGUUGGUGAAGCAGAAGAGGCAGAGAUGGAUGAGUUUGGGCCUUGGGCCAUCUUUGGCAUUAGCGGCGUACUUGAACAUAUUGUCGCUUCGGCUUUGCGGCAGAAAGAUGUCGAGUCUGGUCCAGAAGUGGUGGAUAAAGUAGUGUUUCGCAUGCAUUCCGUACAGCACAUGGCCAGGGUAUCGGAUUCUUUUCUACGUGGCGACGAUAUGGCUAUUCUGUCGUUGGUUGCCUUAUAUCUUGGCUAUCUGGUUAGCGUUGAUGGCAAAGAGCAUUAUGACCUUGAGACGCCGGAUACCAUGCUAACUGUGUAUACUUCGGCGCACCGACGUGAUUCUGGUGAGGAUACUUCUCAUAAGAUCUGGAUCUGGGACCAGAAACCAAUGGACAGUCUACCGUCUCAACAAAGAAGACUGAUGCAAGAGCUGGGAAUCAAACUGCCGCGAGUGUUGAAGCUGAAGGAAGUCGUAGCUCCCAACCAAGCCAUCUUCCACCAGAUGCCCCGUGAUGCUGCUCAAAGUUAUCAAGUUAUUUCGCACAAGGGGAAAGGAAAAGCCUGGAUGACUCGGUCCAGUUUACAUACUCUUGUGCUCGCGGUUUUGAGACUUAAUAUUACUCCGCAGUCGUUUCUUUUCAACAACCCGCCGCUUAACCAAGACAUAUUGAGCCAUUUAUUUUACUCGGGAAAUUUACGGACCUUCGCCGAGACGACAGAGAAGUUUAGUAGGAACUUGGAUGUCCUCACACAAAGGGAAAAACAGGAUCUGGAACGAUCCUUGCGGAAUCUCAAAGAAAAUGCACCCGAAGACGGUACCUGGAUGGAAUGGAGCCGUACAAGAAUGGACGCCUGCAUCUCACUGGACAAGUUGCUGAAUGAGAUUUGCCAAAAAAGAGGCAAGCUUCUCUGUUGCGUCAUCUCCAUCCUGUAUAUGCAAGAAGAUGGCUUUCGAUUUAUAUGCAAUAGAUACAGAGUAUUCGACUACGAUGACCCCGAAGUGCUUGCGAAGCAAUUCAUGGUGGACUUGUCGUCUAAAAAGGUUCUGGCGCCACUACCUUAUAUUGAAGGCGAACCUGAAUUCGAGCAGUUCUAUUUUGAUUUCCCGACAGUCUUCUCGGACGCCGAGCUACUUGACGUCUGGCCGUCGCCUAUGAACAGGUAUCCAGUGCCUAUUUCGUUGCCGCUCGCCAUGAUAGCAUGUCUGCGGGGACACUUGAGGAUGGCUAUGUGGGACAUGAGACUGAAUAGCUCGCCACUGGCCGAUUUCUAUCGAACGCUGCGCAGUGGUAUCGUGCAUAUUGUGCCCCAGGAAAUGCCACCACCAGGCUCUCUCUCGACGGAAUUCUUUCCUCCUCCUCGUACUUCUCCUCCUCCCCUUCCUGUUCCUCCUGAAGAGCCUGUUGUCCGUUUCGCCCAUUACGAAAGAGGCUCCACCUACGAUACAUACCAAGAUUCCCGAGCCAGCAGCUCUGACUAUGAGCCGCGUCGGCGCCGCGUGGAUAGAUGGAUGAGAACCUAUGUCGAAAGCGUAUAUUCCUCCAUCAUCCUUUCCCCGGAAGGCCACGCCGAGGAUGGCUACGUGACCGCUCCAGAAGAAGAUGCAGACGACGAGGUAACUGUUGUCAUAAGGAAAAAACCACUACCGCCACCAUUGCCAGAAAAUUAUGCCCCAUCUUCUUCUGCUUCAUCACAACACGCUGACCCAGCUAUUCUCUCGCAUGAUGAAGACCCAAAAUGCGCAGUUCGGCUUUCUGUCCUGAGAAACCUGUUGACUGAAGAUGAGGCGGUCAGAGUAAAAGCUCUCGAAGACAUCGAGAGAUCUAUAGACAGACAAAGAAAAGAGUGGCAGACGCAUGCGGCAAUAAUAAUGCCAUCCAAAUACCGAGAAGACAGGGAAAGGGCCUUAGCGUACGCUCUUGAUCGAGAGUAUCCUACUACGAGAUCUGGUCAGCGUCGUCCAUACAGAGGGUUCCCUUCUGACGGACCUAAGCGCAGGUCAGGGUCGCACCGUGGUGGCAAACAAAAGGACGCAGCUUCGAUGGGCAUACUUGACCAACGAAAUAAAGGAAUUACGGAAGAAGUAGUCAGGGGUGUGGUUGGGACAACACGGCGUCACCGGAAAGAGGAUAAAAGCCUCCAGUUCGAUGAUAUCCCGGUUAGGGCUCGCCGGUAG